UUCCACGGCGACGGCCUUGCUGCCUCUCCAGCCAAGUGACUGGAGUCGGGAGGCUGGAAAGCAGCUCCGAGAAAGUACCAGCCGAAGGCGGCCGCCGCCACAGCGACUCUCAGGGAGUAGCAGACGAAGACGGCGGCCGCCGCACUAGCCACCACGUGUGGAGGAUAAACGGCCUACACGGCCAUUCCAGCGCCGAGUCAAGGGAAAGAGUUAGCGACGACGGGGAAAGAAAACGUGAAGAGGGUGACCGCCGCUCCAGGGUCGCUGCGGGAAGCCUAAGUGGAGACGCCGGCUUGUCCCGCAGUGACUUGAGAAGGGUCAGUGAAAACCUCGGCCACUGCCGCAGCGUCUCUGGGGAGAGAGUUAGGGGGGAUAGUGGCUGCAGUCACAGAAGCUCUUGGGAGAGAGUUAGGGGAGACCGCAGCUUCUGCAGCAGCGACGUGAAUUUUAGUGAAGUUGGAGGCCACCAAACUGCCGACUCCAGGGGAACUACCAGAGAAGACCGAGGCCUCCGCCUAAGUGAUACUUGGGAGGGAGUCAGUGACGUCCGGGACCCGCGAACUAGUGACUUCGGGUAUAGAGUCAGUGACGAUCGCAGUCGCCGCCUCAGUGGCUCCUGGGAGGGAGGGAGUGUCGAUGGCGGCCACAGCCUCGGUAGUUCUUGGGAGGGAGUAAGUGAAGACUGCGGCUACGCAGCCAGCGACUCCUCCGGUGUGAGCGGCAGUGAAGACGCCAGCUGCCGCCUCAGUGGCGUUUGGGAGAGAGAAAGUGAAGACGAAGGUUUCUGCUGCAGCUUCUGGGAGAGAGCAAGAGAGGACCUUGGGCCCUGUCCUAGUGACGACGGAGAAGAGGGCCGCUGCCCCUGCCGUGGCUCGUGGGUGAGAGCAAGUGAAGACCGCGGCAGCAUCAGGGGCCUGGACUCAACUACUCCCCAGAGUCGGAGGUGUUGCAUCAUGCCCGGGGUGGCUAAUUCAGGCCCCUCCACUUCCUCUAGGGAGACUGCAAACCCCUGUUCCAGGAAGAAGGUGCAUUUUGGCAGCAUACAUGACGCAGUACGAGCUGGAGAUGUAAAGCAGCUUUCAGAAAUAGUGGAACAUGGAGCCAGCAUUAAUGAAGUUGAUGUUCUCCAUAAGUUUACCCCUUUACAUUGGGCAGCACAUUCUGGAAGUUUGGAGUGUCUUCAUUGGCUGCUCUGGCAUGGAGCUGAUAUCACACACGUAACAACGAGAGGUUGGGCAGCAUCUCACAUAGCUGCAAUCAGGGGUCAGGAUGCUUGUGUACAGGCUCUUAUAAUGAAUGGAGCAAAUCUGACAGCCCAGGAUGACCGGGGAUGCACUCCUUUACAUCUUGCUGCAACUCACGGGCAUUCUUUUACUUUACAAAUAAUGCUCCGAAGUGGAGUGGAUCCCAGUGUGACCGAUAAGAGAGAAUGGAGACCUGUACAUUAUGCAGCUUUUCAUGGACGGCUUGGCUGCUUGCAACUUCUUGUUAAAUGGGGUUGUAGCAUAGAAGAUGUGGACUACAAUGGAAACCUUCCAGGUGGCAGCCAUCUCCUCCUCGGCAUCAUGGCCACCCUUAGACCCCUUGUAAAGCCCAAGAUCGUCAAAAAGAGAACUAAGAAGUUCAUCUGGCACCAGACUGACCGAUAUGUCAGAAUUAAGUGUAACUGGCAGAAACUCAGAGGUAUAGACAACAGGGUUCAUAGAAGGUUCAAGGGUCGAUCUUGAUGCCCCAACAUUGGUUGUGGGAGCAACAAAAAAACAAAGCACAUCCUGCCCAGUGGCUUCUGGAAGUUCCUGGUCCACAACGUCAAGGAGCUGGAAGUGCUGCUGAUGUACAACAAAUCUCACUGUACUGAUGUUUCCUCCAAGAACCGCAAAGCCAUCGUGGAAUGGGCUGCCCAGCUGGCCAUCAUAGUCACCAACCCCAAUGCCAGGCUGCGCAGUGAAGAAAAUGAGUAGCUACCUCAUGGGCAUGCUUUAUGUUUAAAUAAAACUGUAAAAACUGCAAAGAAAACCCAAAACACCAAAAACCAAAAAAAAAAUUCUUUUGUG